AUGGGUGUUGAUCUCGACCAUCGUUUUGAUCGCAAGGCAGUACGCCGCGCACCACGAUCAAAAAAUUUAUAUUUACUUUUAUUGGUUAAACUCUACCGCUUUUUGGCACGUCGUACAAGUUCCAAAUUCAAUAAAAUCAUCUUAAAACGCUUAUUCAUGUCGAACACCAACCGACCACCAUUGUCUCUCUCACGUCUUGUUCGACACAUGAAAAAGAAAGGUCGUGAAAACAAAACUGCCGUCGUCGUCGGUUCAAUUACUGAUGAUACUCGACUUUAUGAAGUUCCUAAAUUAACAGUUUGUGCUUUACAUCUUACUGAACGCGUUCGAGCUAGAAUUCUUGCUGCCGGAGGUGAGAUCUUAACAUUCGAUCAAUUGGCACUUCGUUCACCCAAAGGUAAAGGCACAGUCUUAUUACAAGGUCCACGAAAAGCUCGUAAAGCCAAUCGAUUCUUCGGUCGACCACCUGGUGCUCGUCAUAGCACAACGAAACCAAAAGUUCGCGCCAAAGGUCGUAAAUUCGAGAAAGCUCGUGGCCGACGAGCUAGCCGUGCUUACAAGAACUAA